UAUCUAUUUUGUAAGAUUUGGGUUAGGAUUUCACUUUCAAUAGCCUGUCGAUGAUCUAGUUUACGUUUUGUUGACGGGCUCUUAUCGAAGUGGGACCCAUCGCUCCUCCAGAGUCGCCAGAGGGUCAGUCAGGGGACGUAACCUGUUAGCCAUGAAUGUGAAACUUUCAAUGACAAUUGAUGUACGCAAGAGGCUUCUGCUGUCCACAUAGUACUUGAUCUUGCCCUCAAUUCCCCCUGGUAAAGAACUACGCCCCUGGGCAGGUAACCAAGCAUCAAACACACGCGACACUCAAUUGACAUUAGCGUCCAAUCUAGUCAUCAUCUAUGGGUACCAACGAUACGCGCACUAAUACUGCCACUGGCCAACCACCCACCCACCACCAUAGAUCCACUCUACAGCGCCGACAAUUAACGUGUUCAAUCAGCAUGAAAACCAUGUCGAAGUCAUCAUGGAUGAGCCGGCAACAGCGGCUUGGAUCAGUUCAAACGAAGCCCUAGCCCAGAGCGGUCGAGUGAGAGUCCCAGAAAUUCCGAAUACAAAUUUUCAAAUUAGAUCAAAAUGCUCAGCGUUAAACUGAUGCAUCUGAUGCUGAUAAUUGGCACAUACAGCGGCAUUUUUGUGCCUGGCAGUGCACAAAAUCUGUUGGACCGUCUCCGGUCUCCGGUGAAUGUGACGCGGUUCGAUGAUGGCAUCAAAGUCGUCUCCGGCACCAAAGUGAAGCGAUACGAACGUCUGACGGUGCCACUGGGCGGUCCUGUUGGCAUACCAGGAGGUGCUGCUGGUCUUUUGGGGCCACUGCUACCACCACAACCGGCUUACUUGGGAUACACCUAUUUGGUGCCGCAAUGGCAGGCGGGUGCGAAGCUUAUGGGCGAUGGCGAGGCAGCCGGCGUGGCUGGCAUGAUCACCUUCCAGCAGCUGCCCUACAACUCGGACAUCAAGGUGACCAUCAAUGUGACUGGGCUGCCGCCGGGCAAGCAUGCUCUGCAUAUCCACACUUUUGGUGAUAUGAGUGAUGGCUGCAAGUCCACGGGCGGACAGUUUCCCAAUAACUUUCUGGGCAAUGUGGACGCUAAAGACGAUGGCAGCAUAUCCGCGGUCUUCCAGAGCAUCUACAUCCAAUUGUUUGGUUUCAACGGCAUUGUGGGUAGGGCCAUUGUUAUACACAGCAAGGCGAUCGAUCUGAAUACGGCUCUCAAUGCGGAGGUCUUCUCCUCGGCGCUUCAGGCCAUGCCGAAUGCCUUGGCCUAUCAAAACGAGGAGAACUCUGUGGGUCCAUCCAUAGCUUGCGGCGUGAUUAGCCUGAUGAGCACCGCCGUGGCUCCUGCAUCCAGUUCAUCGGCUGCGGCAGUGGAAAAAAGGGAGACAUAAUGCAUUUUUAACAAAUAUUCUAAAGCUAUUUAAAUAAAUA